CUAGGAGGAUUUGAAAGGCAUUAUGGCAUUAAGAUUUCCAAGGUUUAGCCAAGGCUUAGCUCAGGACCCCACUACUCGUCGUAUUUGGUUUGGUAUUGCUAUCGCGCGUGACUUCGAGAGUCAUGAUGAUAUUACUGAGGAACGUCUUUAUCAGAAUAUUUUUGCUUUUCACUUCGGUCAAUUAGCAAUAAUUUUUCUGUGGACUUCCGGAAAUCUCUUUCAUGUAGCUUGGCAAGGAAAUUUUGAGUUAUGGGUACAGGACCCUUUACAUGUAAGACCUAUUGCUCAUGCAAUUUGGGAUCCUCAUUUUGGUCAACCGGCUGUAGAAGCUUUUACUCGAGGGGGUGCUCUUGGCCCAGUGAAUAUCACCUAUUCUGGUGUUUAUCAGUGGUGGUAUACAAUCAGUUUACGAACUAAUGAAGAUCUUUAUACUGGAGCUCUUUUUCUAUUAUUAAUUUCUGCCAUAUCUUUAAUAGCGGGUUGGUUACACCUACAACCGAAAUGGAAACUGAGUGUUUCGUGGUUCAAAAAUGCAGAAUCUCGUCUCAAUCAUCAUUUAUCAGGACUCUUCGGCGUAAGUUCCUUGGCUUGGACAAGGCAUUUAGUCCAUGUCGCUAUUCCUGCAUCCAAAGGGGAGUACGUUCGAUGGAAUAAUUUCUUAGAUGUAUUACCACAUCCCCAAGGGUUAGGCCCACUUUUUACAGGUCAGUGGAAUCUUUAUGCUCAAAAUCCCGAUUCAGGUAGUCAUUUAUUUGGUACCUCCCAAGGAGCAGGAACUGCCAUUUUAACCCUUCUCGGGGGAUUCCAUCCACAAACCCAAAGUUUAUGGCUGACUGAUAUGGCUCAUCAUCAUUAAGCUAUUGCAUUUCUUUUUCUUGUUGCUGGGCAUAUGUAUAGAACUAAUUUUGGGAUUGGGCACAGUAUGAAAGAUCUUUUAGAUGCACAUAUCCCUCCGGGAGGGCGAUUGGGACGUGGGCAUAAGGGCCUUUAUGACACAAUUAAUAAUUCGCUUCAUUUUCAAUUAGGCUUUGCUCUAGCUUCUUUAGGGGUUAUUACUUCUUUGGUAGCUCAACACAUGUACUCUUUACCCGCUUAUGCAUUUAUAGCACAAGACUUUACUACUCAAGCUGCAUUAUAUACUCAUCACCAAUACAUUGUAGGAAUCAUCAUGACAGGAGCUUUUGCUCAUGGAGCUAUAUUUUUUAUUAGGGAUUACAAUCUGAAACGGAAUGAGGAUAAUGUAUUGGCACGAAUUUUAGAGCAUAAAGAAGCUAUCAUAUCUCAUUUAAGUUGGGCCAGCCUCUUUUUGGGUUUCCAUACGUUGGGACUUUAUGUUCAUAAUGAUGUCAUGCAUGCCUUUGGUACUCUAGAGAAGCAAAUCUUAAUCGAACCUAUAUUUGCUCAAUGGAUACAAUCUGCUCAUGGUAAAACUUCAUAUGGGUUCGAUAUACUUUUAUCUUCAAUGAAUGGCCCGGCAUUCAAUGCGGGUCGAAGCAUAUGGUUGCCGGGUUGGUUAAAUGCUAUUAAUGAGAAUAGUAAUUCACUAUUCUUAACAAUAGGUCUUGGGGACUUUUUGGUUCAUCAUGCUAUUGCUCUGGGUUUACAUACAACUACGUUGAUCUUA